AUGGCAUCGCUGGGCGAGGAUCUGCUCGUGACCGUGAACAAGCUUCAAGAUCUGGUCUUUAAUACCAUUGGGAAUGAUUCCUUGGAUUUACCCCAAAUUGUUGUUGUUGGUUCCCAGUCAUCCGGAAAGUCUUCGGUUCUAGAGAAUAUCGUCGGAAGGGAUUUCCUACCAAGAGGCAGUGGCAUUGUCACUCGACGACCUCUGAUCCUGCAACUUAUCAAUGUGCCCAGUGAACGCGACGAUAAGCCGGAAUACGAUGAAAUUCAUAUCCCCCACACUCCCGCUAGUGUUGCCGGUCAACACGAAUGGGCUGAAUUUCACCACCUCCCGGGCCGCAAGUUUGAUGACUUUGCGCAAGUGAAGCAAGAGAUAGAAGCGGAGACGGCGAGAAUCGCGGGAAGCAACAAGGGCAUCAACAGACAACCAAUCAACCUCAAGAUCUUCUCUCCUCAUGUGCUUAAUCUCACACUGGUGGAUCUGCCAGGACUGACAAAAGUGCCCAUUGGUGACCAACCGUCCGAUAUCGAAAAACAAACCCGCACUCUCAUUUUGGAAUACAUCGCCAAACCGAAUAGCAUCAUUCUUGCGGUUUCUCCGGCCAAUGUCGACCUGGUCAACUCCGAGGCUUUGAAGCUUGCCCGCCAGGUGGAUGCCAUGGGUCGGAGGACGAUUGGUGUUCUGUCAAAGCUGGAUCUUAUGGACCAUGGCACCAAUGCAAUGGAUAUUCUCUCUGGCCGUGUGUAUCCCCUAAAGCUUGGGUUCAUUGGCGUUGUCAACCGGUCCCAGCAGGAUAUUCAAUCGGGAAAAUCUCUGUCCGAUGCAUUGCGGGCAGAAUCAGAAUUCUUCCGGCAUCAUCCAGCCUACAGAAAUAUGGCCAACCGUUGUGGUACACACUUUUUAGCCAAGACCCUGAACACAACCCUCAUGUCACACAUUCGAGACCGACUGCCGGAUAUCAAGGCGCGACUGAACACUUUGAUGGGUCAAACCCAACAGGAGUUAGCCAGCUACGGAAACAAGCAAUUCAGUGGCGAGGAACACCGUGGGUCAUUGAUUCUUCAACAGAUGACCAGGUUCGCCGCCUCGUUCAUAUCAUCUAUUGACGGAACUUCCUCGGAAAUUUCCACCAAAGAACUCUGCGGUGGAGCAAGAAUCUACUAUAUCUUCAACUCCGUUUUUGGAAACUCAUUGGAAACAAUUGAUCCCACUCAUAACCUGACCGUCUCCGAUAUCCGAACGGCCAUACGAAACUCGACAGGUCCUCGCCCUAGCCUGUUUGUCCCAGAGUUGGCAUUCGAUUUGCUGGUCAAACCACAGAUUAAACUUCUCGAAUCCCCCAGUCAGCGAUGUGUGGAGCUAGUCUAUGAAGAGCUUAUCAAGAUCUGCCACACAUGUGGGAACCAAGAACUCUUGCGAUUCCCUCGUUUACAAGGAAAGUUGAUUGAGGUUGUAUCUGACCUCCUUCGUGAGCGCCUGGGCCCUUGCUCGAGCUAUGUCGAAUCUUUGAUUUCGAUUCAAAGAGCGUACAUUAAUACCAACCACCCAAACUUCCUUGGUGCUGCGGCUGCCAUGUCCUCAAUCAUACAAAACAAGCAGGAUGAAGAAAGAAAAGCCGUGCUAGCAGAGGAAAAGCGAAAGCGUGACAAGCGACGUCAAAAAGAACUGGGAGCUCCUAACGGCACUGCAGGCGGUCCUGACGAUGAGGAAUAUGCCGACAAGCAAAACCUCCCCAUUCGAAGUCACUCUACCAAGGGCUCACGGAGCAUGUCUCCUCACGUUGGUCGCAUAGGCGAGAAUGGCAUUACUGCCACUCUCAAUGGCGCUAAUUCUAACCAUGCAGCUGCAUUUGGUGGUGCUUCUAAUAAUGCCCGGGACUCAUUUUUGAACUACUUCUUCGGCAAGGAAGGUACCCACAACACAGCCAUGUCACCGGCAAGCAUGAAUGCCAACCGUCAAGGGCCACAUGCCAGUGAGCCAAGCAUUAGCCAGAGUAUUCGCCGCGCUGAGGUUCGGGCUCCCAUUAUGCCAGCCGAGGAGUACACUGCACCAUCGGAGUACGGCGGUGACACGUCUACUUUCCCUCAUGAGAACACCGAGCCUGCACUCACAGACCGUGAGAUGCUAGAAACUGAGCUCAUUCGUCGUCUUAUUUCAUCGUACUUCAACAUUGUCCGAGAGACCAUUGCAGACCAAGUUCCUAAGGCUGUUAUGCAUCUCCUUGUGAACCACUGCAAGGAUGUUGUGCAGAAUAGACUUGUAAGCGAACUUUACAAAGAAGAUCUCUUCGGCGAGCUCCUUUAUGAGGAUGAUGGCAUUAAGGCUGAGAGAGAGAAGUGUGAGCGGCUAUUGGAGACAUACAAAGAAGCUGCCAAGAUUGUGGGCGAAGUCUUAUAG